GCUAGUCCAUGCGCAACGUGUUCUGUUUGAAAGUAAUUGGGGAUCCUUAGGCUCGUUGCUGGUACAUUUGUGUAACACAAACAUGUUUUUAUCUUUAAUUGUUACGGUACCUGAGGUUGAGAAAGAAAUUCAGAUGUAAAAUCCGUAAAUAGAUAAAGUCUACAACUUGAUACGUUAACUGGCGAGGACAAGUUAUAGGUUAUGUUUUCGAAUAUAGAACGUGUGAGAAGAACCCUGAUUUGCGGUCCACCAGAAUUGACGGAAACCUUUAUGUUUGAGGGGGCUGCACAUUGGGCGAAACAAGGAAGCCGCGUUAUUUACGUAACUCAGAAUCCGAUCGAGUCUCUGCCGCCAAAAUAUCACGAUGGCCCUAAACCAUGUGUAGAUACAUUCCAAUUAAUCAAAUUCAUGUACCUGCCGGAUCAUAAGAGCUUGAUGGAGCUUUUGGUCGAGUUGGACACUUUCGCUUCCCUACCGUCAGCGCUGCUUAUCGACAAGCUAGAUAAUUACGCCGAGCCUACGACUUGGCGGGGUGACUACGAUGUGCUUCUCGCCAAAACGUGUUCCUUUAUUAUCGACGCGAUGAACGCGUGUUCCCGUAUUCUGGGAAAAAAAGUUCACGUCUGCGCCUCUCUCCGACCAGAAACAGUCGGCAAAGUACAUUUCGUCUAUUUCGAUAACGUCUGGAAAUUUUCUAUCGACAAUAACCUCGCCGACCCGAUUAUAACUUUACAAAAAGCGUUUUGCACGAACGGUGACCGGUUGUUCAAAUUUCGCAGCUUGGAAGACCGGACUGUUGUUCUCAAACAAGUUUUAAGAUUUGUUGACGAGCAUUGAAGAGCGGGACUCUGAAUUAAUAAAGACGGUUUAGAUUACAGCUACAGAUUUCAUUUCUUUUUUUUUUACAUCACACUUAAGCAUUCCACCAAAAUGAAUCGAGUGGUACGAUCAUAGUCAAUGUAAGUGAAUUUCAGUCGACAUAUCUAGUGAAUCGUUCAACAGUUUCCUCUGAAACUCGCGUAAAAAAUUUCUUUAACGUACCGGUACUUCCGAGUACUCAAUUUCACUGAAAAAUUGAUGGCCUAGAAUCUAUUUUGAACGGUUAGCAACGAGCGUGUAAUAUAUUUCACUCGAACGCUUCUGAGAAAUUUACGUCGUUUCAUCGCUGAGUUCGUAUGUUUCUGUUUAUUGCAACUUUUCUCAUAACUUCGAAUUUUAAAUAACCACUUCGCCAUUGCCGUACAUGCGGGUGAAUUACCAACCACGCUUAAUGGAAUGUCGAACGCAUCAGGAAACUCAGGGAUUUAAUGUAGUAUUGUAUAUUUAAUGUAAAAUAUUUAAUAAGAUAAGUAUUUACAUGUUCGUUACACGAUGUAUGCUUGCAAAGAAUAGGAAACGUUGAAGUAUAAAUGAUAAAUGCAGUAAAAUUUUACGUCAUUCCUCGCGAAGCCGUGUAAAUGGCUUCCUCGUAUCUGGCCGACCUGCAUUGUUAACCUGAAGUGGAGAAAUAAAUGAAGUUCUCACA